AUGAAGGAGGCCUGCGCGUUUUAUGACGCGGUGCGCAAAGAUGCCCGUCGAUGUGACCCUGGGACGGUGGUGGAUGUUUGCGGCGGUCAUGGUGCGCUCGGGAUGCUGUUCGUAGCGCACGGAAUCGCCCAGCGUGCGGUGAUCAUCGAUCAGUCGAAGCCUCCUUCGCACGAUCUGCUCCGUGCGGCCUGGUCUGAGUACCUGGGGCCCUCCGCCGUGGCCUACGACGAGCGGCCGCUACGUCAGGCAGGGAAGGGGGACUCAGCGAAGCACGUGCUGGUCGUGGCUUGCCACGCGUGUCAGCACUUGGCACGAGAGAUUGUGGACUGCUGCCUGGUGCGGAGAACCGCUUUCGCGGUUUGCCCCUGCUGCCCGAAAGAUCCGGACGGAAGUAUUCAAGCAGCUGCUGCAGCCAUGGGUGUGGACUUCCGUGCGGCCAUGAUCCUUGCAGAGAUGGGUCGGGUUGCCCCGCAAUGCCGCGUUGCCCUCCGGACGUUCGACUCUCAGAUCUCGCCGCACAACCGUAUCAUCUUCGGCCGCUUCGACGACUGUGACCCGCCAGUGCAGACUGCUGUGGCAGAGACACCGAAGGACGCCGACCGCAGGAUUCCCAGCGGCUACGCCGGGGCCGAGGACCGCCUGCGGCGAGCAUACGAAAGAGCACACGACCACGCACGAGGGGCGGCGUCAUCCGGCUCCGCAGGCCUUUGGUCAACGGAGGAGGCUUUGGCUUCAGUUCGCCGCGGUGAUGACGAGCUGCACCGGAAGACAGACGCUGUGCACGAGCUACUGGCACCGUUGCGAGGCGCCGGCAAUCUGGCUGCUGCACUGGAGACCCUGGAGAUCCGGGAGUCGCCUCGUGAGCAUUUUCGAGCCAGGACCAUCGUCUCGGUGGGUGCCAGUCCUUCAGAGGGGUCAGACGGGGCGGGCCUUUUCAGGUACGUGCCGGAUGGUGACCGGAGCAUGACACUUGAGGCUAAUAUCAGCAAGGAGACGUUGCUUCCCCAGAUCUCUGCGGCACUGCCGGCCAUCGCGGAACUGCUGGGAAGCUCCGAGCUCGGCGAGAUGCUGCGCGGCCUGCGCUGCGUAAAGUUCCAUGGCACGCUUGGCGGAAGUCCUCCUCAGCUACUGGUUUGUUUCGUGUACGGCCCCGAAGCCGCCCCCCUGGAAGGAUGUCCACUGGACGAACUACGCGCAAGUUUGGCAGAGGCGCUCUCUGCUGUGGGACAGACCGCCGAGGUGGCCACGAUGGCCUCGGCAAAAGGCGCAUCACGUUGCUGCCCAGAAGGCCGCGACUUUGUUGACGAAGUGCUGGAGAUUCCUGGUCGAGGAGCUCUACGCUAUCGCCAGCCUUUCGGGCAGUUCUCAAAUCCUAACCCACACAUCGCAAUUGCCACGGCAGAGUGGCUUGCUGACAUUGUCCGAACCGAGCUUGGUGGUACGACGGACUUGCUGGAACUGUACUGUGGUGCCGGGAGCCAUACGCUGGUUCUCGCGCCCCUCUUCCGGCAUGUCUUGGCUGUGGAGAUCAACCGGCACUUGGUGACUGCCGCACAGCCCCUUGGUAAUGAUGCUCCGUUUCAACGAAGUAGCUAUGUCUUCGUUCUCGGAUUUGUUGAUUAUUCCAUUAAGCCCUCAGGCAUAACGUGGCAGCCAAUGGCCUGA